AUGUCAGAUUUAGGUCCACCCACUGAAAACCCUUCUGAACAUAUAGUUUAUAACAACUCUACAGACAUGAAUAGUUUCUUGCCUGUUGGUGAAGAGCAGGAACAAGAAAUAGAAGCAGUUAGAAAUCAGCUUUCUGCAAAUGAACCAAUGCCAUGGCUCACUAUUGAAAGUGAGUCAUUAAAUGAAUAUCAGAUUUCACAUCUGGCCAGUAUGGCUUUUCCAACAUUAUUUCCUGAUGGGAAAGGUGAUCCCACUAAUCAAAGUAUCUUGCGAAAUGUUCCUCUUCAGGACACCUAACUAUUGAUGAGCUACGUGAAAUGGCUGCGAGUGACAACUCUGCCUUAUUGAUGUCCAAAGUGUCCAGAUACAUUGGCAAUAUUGCAGGUACUAAUGCUUACUGGAAUAAAGUGAGAGAGGAACUCAAAGCUAUAAUAACUAAUGUUGGAGCACCAACAUCGUUCUUUACUUUCUCAUCAGCAGAUAUGCACUGGCCUGAAUUACAUGCUCUCGUUGGAGCAAACACUGGUAACGCCACUAGUUAGGCAAGGACAAAAUGUUAUUAACAAUCCACAUGUAGUUGAUUGGUACUUUACACAGAGACUAGAAAAGUUUGUUCAACACUGGCUUUAUGAUACACUUGGUGCAAAAUGGCACUGGUUUAGAUAUGAAUAUCACGGUAGAGGUAGUAUCCAUUGCCAUGGUACUGCUAAACUAAAUAAUGACCCAGGUUUGUGUCAACUUACUCCGACUGCUUUAAAAGGAUUCUUCUUAGCUCAAAAAUUUAAAAAUGAAAACGAUUGUUCUGACACAACUGAACUAGACCAAGAUAUUCAAGCUGAUCAGAAAGCAGCUGACACAGUACGUCAGUACGUUGAUUGGUUACUAUCAACCGUCCAUCCUAAUCCACCAGAUCAGGACAUGUGGAUAAGACCUGAGGUUCAUCGAUGUCAAAGAAAUCAUCACGACAUUCCUGAACAUGAAAAACAAUCUGAUUAUGUAGAUCUAUUAAAAAUGAUUCAACGACACACUCGUUGUAGUACAAGUUAUUGUCUUAGAAAGAAGUCAAAUGAAACAGAGUUGAAAUGUAGAUUUCAUUUCCCUUUUGAUAUUUGUCCUAAGACAAAAUUAGAAUUUGAAAAAAUUCACACUUCAGGUGAUAAUGAACAUUAUCGAGCUAAGUUUGUGACUAAACGAAAUUACUCUAGAUUAAAUUACCAUCAACAACUUCAGCUCCAAGGAUGGAGAGCUAACUGUGAUAUUCAAGUUGUUAUUGAUCACUAUGCUUGUGUUGAAUAUCUCACAAAAUAUGCAGCUAAAGGUGAGCCAAGAUCACCUAUAUUGAAACAGACAUUCAAUUCUAUCAUGCAAUAUGUUGACAGUAAUACUGACCCUCGUAGAGUUAUGAAGAAGGUAGUUAUGAAAUCUCUUGAUGAAAGAGAUUAUGCAGCUCAAGAGACAAUGCAUCAUUUGUUGUCUUUAAAACUCCACAGCUCAUUCUUUAAAGUUAUUCCAGUUAGUCUAAAUGGUUCACGUAGAGUGCGUGAUACUGCAAGUAAUGACGAGGGUGAAUUGUUCACUGAUUAUUCGCUUCUUGAUGUGUCUGCUAAUCGUGAACAAUAUGUGAGUUCACAAAAGAUAAUGAAUAUGAACUUUGUUCAAUUUGCUACAACAUACAAAGGUGUUAACAAUGAACUGAAAAAAUUGCCAGAGAAUAUUAUACCACGAAUAUUUCCAACAUAUUCUUCUACCCCAAAGGUCCAAAUUUUGGCCUAUAUUUUAAAUAUCAAAUUUUGAGGUAUAAACCAUGGAGAACAACCCAAAAUAAUGCAUGGGGUGACCAAGAACCAACUGACGAAGUCCUGAUCAAUUGUUGGCAUGAAUUUUUACAAACACCUUAUGGACAACCUAAUGUCCCAGACUGGUUUGAUAAAUUACAAGCUGCCAUUCAAAGUCAAGAACCAGAAGAUGAACCUUCUGAAGAACAGGAGACAACUCGAGAAGAGUGGAUGAUAUUAUCAGACCUCAACACUCCUUUAGACAACUCUGAACAAACACUACAGUCCACAUAUGACUGCCAUCUUCACAGAGCCAAUUAUUCAGAACAACAAAUCCAAGAAGUGCCAACAUGGAUAAAAACAAACAAAGAGGAAUACACUAUUGAUGAGGAAUAUGAUGUUGUUGACAUCGACAGUUUUAUUGAAAUGCAAAAACUCGUUUAUGACAUUGUUAAGUCUCAUUUUGAUGACGCAUCAUCCGAGAAAGGGCAUUGUAUCUCUUUAUAA